AUGCUUCGUACUAGUCGAAUGGCCUCAUACGAUUAUGGACCAGAGGAAAAUCUUCGACACUACGGAACAGUCAGCUUCUUUACUGUAAUAUGGCAUGAUUUUCAUUGUGUUCAAGAUGCUUUAGCUGAAAAUCAGGAGAAAUCCACAACACCAGAGUACGACAUUAGCCAGGUGCAAGCCAACAUAUAUCUUUUCUAUGCGGACCUCGAUUGGGUGGUCCCUGCUCAAGAUGUAGAACAAUAUCUGCUACCGGCACUUCCAUCAAGUUCGUUGAAACUCGUGAGAACAGGAAUGCUAAGUGACCAGGUGGGAUGUCCUCCCAUCCUUUAUGAUGGUUUACCCUGA